AUACGUUACGCGCAUUAGACGGGGAGAAAGCGUGAGAGAGAGAGAGAGAGAGAGAGAGAGAGAAGGACGACAAUGGCGACUCUUACCAUUCCUUCAUCGGUUCCAUCUCCAGCGGAGGACGCCGAGCAGCUCAGGAAAGCCUUUGCAGGGUGGGGAACAAAUGAGGAUUUGAUUAUACAAAUUUUGGCUCACAGGAAUGCAGCCCAACGCACAUUGAUCCGACAGACUUAUGCUGCCACUUAUGGAGAAGAUCUAUUGAAAGAACUGGACAGAGAACUUUCGAGUGACUUUGAGCAAAUAGUAAUGCUAUGGGCACUGGAUCCAGAUGAACGUGACGCAUUCUUAGUUAAUGAAGCUACAAGGAGGUUCACUGCUAGUAACUUGGUGCUCAUUGAAAUUGCUUGUACCAGAUCUUCCAAUGAGCUGUUUUUGGUGAGGCGGGCAUACCAUGCUCGUUAUAAGAGAUCCCUCGAAGAAGAUGUUGCAUACCACACAACUGGUGACUUCCGGAAGCUUUUGGUUCCUCUGGUGAGUUCAUUCCGGUAUGAGGGAGAUGUGGUGAACAUGAUGCUUGCAAAAUCAGAGGCCAAGACACUCCAUGCGAAGAUAUCUGAGAAGGCUUAUAAUGAUGAGGAAAUUAUCAGGAUUCUGACCACACGGAGUAAAGCACAGCUGAACGCAACCUUUAACCAAUAUAACAAUGAAUUUGGAAAUGCAAUCAACAAGGAUCUGAGGACAGACCCCAAAAAUGAGUACCUUUCUCUAUUGAGAGCAACAAUAAGGUGCUUAACUUGCCCUGAAAAAUACUUCGAGAAAGCUCUUCGACGGGCCAUCAACAAGUUAGGGACAGACGAAUGGGCUCUGACUCGCGUGGUUGCAACUCGGGCUGAGGUUGACAUGCAGCGUAUUAAGGAGGAAUAUCAAAGGAGGAACACUGCUCAUCUGGACCGUGCGAUUGCUGGAGACACAUCUGGAGACUACAAGAACAUGCUUCUAGCUUUGAUAGGGCAUGUUGAUGCCUAAGCAAACUAAACUUGCUGCUGGCAAAGCUACUUUGUGUGCGUGAAAAUGGUUUUUGUUAGUUUGCUUAAAUGGGAGAUGAUGAUGAUGAUCGAAUAAAAUGAUCCAUCUGUUUGGUAAACGAUGAUGAGCCAAUUCUAA